GUCAAAUUCCAGGAUGCACGCCUGGUGUGAUUCCAGAAUUGUCCACCUGUAUCCCACCGGAAGCAGCUGUACCCACUGGAGUGCACUAUUUGGCCUUUAGUUUUUCAGGCUCCUGUUCCAAAAUUACUUAAAUCAGCAUCUUUUCUUCCAUCUGGACCUUUUUUUCCUGGCCUGGCUCUCCCGUUCCUUGCCAAGAAGACCUGGCCUGUGGGGCUCCGGUGGUGUUUUCUGGGGGACUGAAUCCCUAGGCCCUUUUGAACCUCAUCAAUGCCGUGGGCUUGGGGACAACCCUCACCCCAAAACAACCCUGUUGAAUUCUCUCCAUCCACCCGCCAAGCUCUGUGAAUCAUGGGCGAACCCGGCCCAGGGCCCAACUCCAGUCCGUCUCCAUUCCUGCCCCGGGGACCCCUGCUCACCCCCAGGACCAGGCAGCAGGGGCUGGCCACUCUGGGCCCUGGCCAAGCUGUCCAGCCUCCUGCUGGUCCACCUGGUAACUGGGGCCUUCUCGGGUUACUCAGAGGAUCACUUUGCCUUAGAAACUCCAGCUGUCCUCCCGGGCGCAUCGGUAACUGAUGCCAAGGCCCCAGCAGCGGAGGGCCAGCAGCAAGCGAGUGUCACCAGCUGUUCCGCAAGCACCGCGCUCUGUCCCUGCAGCCCUGCUGUCACUAGUAAGGAAGGUGAGCAAACCUGGGGGGUGGGGGGCACUCAAUAGUCUGGGAUGGGGAGCCCUGGGAUGCCUCCCUCCCGAGCCCCCGGACAGCACAGUCAGCCCUGCCAGAAGCCUGGAUGCACACAGGGCCACCAGAAACCCCCCGUGCUGUCUCUCCCUCGGCAGUCGCACGGCCACCGCUGCCAUGCCGGCCACCAACCAGGGCUGGCCCGAGGACUUCGGCUUCCGGCUGGGCGGCUCCGGCCCCUGCUUCGUCCUGGAGGUGGCCGAAGGGAGCUGCGCGCACGCCGGGGGGCUGAAGGGAGGGGCGGUCAUUCCCCGCCCGGCUGCCCGGGGGCCCCUAAGAUCAGUCACAGGCCCCUCCUUGCAGGUGGACGAGAUCCUGGGAGACCAGCCCAUUGCCAAGGAGCAGGUGUUCGCUGCCCUGAAGCAGUUCGCGGCCGAGCAGCAGGUGGAUGACCUGGUGGGGGCUCUCACCCUGGCCCUGCCCCGCGAAGCCCGAGGGCCCCUUCUGGACAACCUCAGGUACCUGGGUCUGGGGCGGGGUGUGUCCCGCUCAGGGGUGCCCGCGGUCUCACCCAGGCUGAACCGGACCCCAACACCCCUUCGGCCCCAGAGCAAAGCCCAUAUCGUGAUUGUGAUCGUGAUCGUGAUCAUGAACAAAGCCAGGCAGCAGGCAUGGACGGUCCGCGUCUACAAGGGCAACAAGAGCUUCGGCUUCACGCUGCGCGGCCACGGGCCCGUCUGGAUCGAGUCUGUCCUGCCAGGGAGUCCGGCUGACAAUGCCGCCCUCAGGUCGGGCGACCGGAUCCUCUUCCUCAACGGACUGGACAUGAGGAACUGCUCCCAUGACAAGGUGGUGUCCAUGCUGCAGGGCAGUGGCGCGAUGCCCACCCUGGUGGUAGAGGAGGGACUCGUCCCGUUCCCCAGCGACUCCGAUUCUUUGGAUUCCUCCAGCCCGUCGGCGGCGCUCACCUCCCUGCAGUGGGUGGCGGACAUCCUGCCGGCCAGCAUCCGCGUGCAGGGGAGGACCUUCAGCCAGCAGCUGGAACGCCUGCUCACGCCUCCCGAGCGCUACGGGGUCUGCCGGGCCCUCGAGAGCUUCUUCCAACACAGGAACAUCGACACCCUCAUCGUUGACGUCUACCCGGUGCUGGACACGCCCGCCAAGCAGGUGCUCUGGCAGUUCGUCUACCAGCUGCUGACGUACGAGGAGCAGGAGCUCUGCCAUGAGAAGAUCGCAUGUUUCCUGGGCUACACCGCCAUGACCGCAGAGACAGAGCCGGAGCUGGACCUGGAGCCAGAGCUGGAUCUGGAGCCGGAGCCGGAGCCGGUGCCCGAGCCCCAGCCGCGGGGCUCCCUGCGGGCCUCCUCCGUGUGCCGCCGCAGCCUGCGGUCCCAGGGCCUGGAGGCCGGCCUCACCUGCGGUCCCAGUGACUGCCCUGAGGUGCCUCUUCCUCUGAUCCCGGGCGAGCGCCAGGCAGGCGAUGGCACAUCCCUUCCCGAGACCCCCAACCCCAAGAUGAUGUCGGCUGUGUAUGCGGAGCUGGAGUCCAGGCUAAGCAUGAAGCUGGGUCCUCACGCGCCCUCCCCCACCCCAGGGCCCAGGACCCUGUCCGGCAUCUCCUGGCCCAGCGAGCGGCUCCGGCCCUCCCCCUGCUACUACCCGCUGUGCUCCGAGGGCCCGGCCUCCCCCAGCAGCUUCCCACCAGCCCAGCCCAUCCUUAUGAGCUUCCAUGAGGAUGACCAGGGCAGCUUUGUCACCAACGAGCGGAGCAGCGCCAGCGAGUGCAUCAGCAGCAGCGAGGAGGGCAGCUCCCUCACCUACUCCUCCAUGUCCGACCACAUCCCCCCGCCCCCGCUCAGCCCCCCGCCCGCCCGAGGGGGCUCUCCCUGCGGGGGUGGGGGGGGUGGGGGCGGCAGCCCAGCUGCCCGGCUCCUCCUCACUGCGAGCCGCCCUCCCUUGCAGUUGGGGGAGGACUCUGACUAUGAUAAGCUGAGUGACAUGGUGAAAUACCUCGACCUGGAGCUCCACUUUGGCACCCAGAAACCGGCUAAGCCCGUGCCCAGGCCCGAGCCCUUCAGGAAGAAGGAGGUGGUGGAGAUCCUGUCCCACAAGAAGGCCUACAACACCUGUGAGGAGCAGGGGGUCCCGGGGCUGCGGGGGGCAGGGGGCGGCCGCCCUGAUAGGAAACAGAAAUUAGGCUGUAACCCCCUCACAGCCCCCCCCCAAUAUACACCUGCCAUCCAGCGGGGCAGAGGCCCCUCCCAGCUCCCGCAUCCUGCCAGGUCCCCCCUGAGUAGGUACGGACCGGCCCUGCAUAGGUCCCGCCCUCUUGUUGGCCGGGUUCUGGUCCCCUUCCAGGCCCCUUCCGCCUUCCGCGAGGCGCCCGGCCGCCUCAGCGAGCCCGACCAGUUCGUCCUGCAGAUGCUGUCAGUUCCGGAUUACAAAACCCGCCUGCGCAGCCUCCACUUCCAGGCCACGCUGCAGGAGAAGACGGAGGAGAUCCAGGCCAGCCUGGAGUGUCUGCGCCAGGCCUCCCUGGAGCUCAAGAACAGCCGGAAGCUCGCCAAGAUCCUGGAGUUUGUGUUGGCCAUGGGCAACUAUCUCAACGACGGACAGCCCAAAACCAACAAGACCACGGGCUUCAAAAUCAACUUCCUGACGGAGCUGAACUCCACCAAGACCGUGGACGGGAAGCUCACCUUCCUGCACAUCCUCGCCAAAUCGCUGAGCCAGCACUUCCCCGAGCUCCUGGGCUUCGCGCAGGACCUGCCCACGGUGCCCCUGGCGGCCAAAGGUAGGCUGGGCGGUGGGCGGGAGGCGGGCCCUGCUGCCUGCCAGAGCACGGCCCCCUCCAGCGAGGACAAGUUUGCCGCCGUCAUGACCGUAUCUUCCGAGCAGCCGGGCCCAGUGGCCCAGGGGGCCCAGGGUGGUGGGGGGCCCUCAGGGGGAGCUAGCUCCAGCUCCGGUGGCAUGCUGCCCACUCCCACUUACCGAGGCACCCUGCGUGCCCUGUCUCCUCUCCGCACACACUCAGCCCAGGGGCAGCAGUGGCCCGCGCCUGCCUGGAAACCAGUGUCCCUUCUGCUGGGGGGAGCGCCCUGGUUUUCCUUUGGGAAAUGA